AUUUAUGUUACACAGGAGAGUGUUGGUUUUAUAUUUUCAAUUAGUUCAAUGGGGUCACUUUUAGGUGCAAUCCUAUAUCAAUAUGCUCUGAAGGAAUAUGCAUUCAGGAACUUGUUGUUCUGGACUCAGUUGAUAUAUGGUCUGUCAGGGAUGCUUGAUCUGGUUCUGGUAUUGAGAUGGAACCUGAAGUUUGGCAUAGCAGAUUAUGUGUUUGUCGUGAUUUUUGAAAGCAUAGCCCAAAUGACUAACAGGCUAAAGUGGAUGCCUAUGCUUGUGCUUAGCUCAAAGCUGUGUCCCUCAGGCAUUGAAGGAACCUUUUUUGCUCUCUUGAUGUCAAUUGAUAAUGUUGGACUUCUCUCUGCAGCAUGGGGUGGUGGCUUUGUUCUCCACAUUCUGAGGAUCACAAGAACCAGGUUUGAUAAUAUUUGGUUGGCUAUUUUGAUCAGGAACAUCUUAAGGAUCACUCCACUUUGGCUGCUGCUUUUGGUUCCUAGAGCUGACCACAACUCUUCCAUUCUCCCAAUAACUGAAACUGUUGAUUCCGAGGUGGUCAUUGAGAUUUGUAUUACAAUUGCAAUUUUUGACGGAGCUAUUGGUGGAGCAAGCAGCGGUGGCGGUUUCACAGCUAGCAGGGGUAAGAGGGCAGGUGGAAAAUUUGAAGAACGAAUUGAGGUGGAUGCAGAGCUUUCUCAGGGAUGCAGCUGCCAAACAAGAAGGCAGCGCCUGAGUUCGCUUGUGGGUGUCGGAAAUCAGAGACGUGGCUUUCGAGCCAGUGAUUUGAGGACUUCAAUUUGCUGUGCAGAUUUCAGCUUCAAGAUCACCCAAUUUGGAAGAUAG